AUGGGACACAGAAAAGAGAAAAGGUUCAACAUCCGGGCCAGGUUGUUCAUAGGGUCUCUGCCAAAUGAAGUGGACGAAGAAUGGCUAAGAGAGUUGUUCAAACCUCACAGUGAUGUUAGUGAGGUGUUCUUGCACAAGGAGAAAGGUUUCGGAUUCGUCAGAUGUGAAACAAGAGCGUCAGCUUUAAAAGCAAAGACAGAGCUCGACCAUAGCCUACAGAAAGGCAAGAAUAUCAGAGUAAAGUUUUCAACGGUUCAAUCCUAUGUAAAGAUUACAAAUCUUCCACCUUUUGUUAGUGUGGAACUCCUGGAGAGUGCUUUUAGUCAAUUUGGCGAGAUUGAGAUGUGCCAUGUUGUUUGUGAUGAGAAAGGCUCUCCGAAAGGCUACGGAUUUGUGUUGUUUGCAAAGCGCAAAGCUGCAGAUGACUGUGUUAGUGCUUGCACCCAAGGCGCUUUUCUCCUCACCAGACUCCCAAUGUCCGUCAAUGUGCAGCUUUCUCCAACUGAGGAUGAUUUUGAUGAUGUCUACGAGGAGGCUCUAAAGAAGACGAAGGAGUACUAUCGUGACAGAGAGGUGCCACCAAGAUUCGCUAUUCCACAAACCUUUGAUCAUGAAUUAGCGCUACGCUGGAAAGCGUUGGAUGAGAUCGAACGUAAGCAAAAGGAGGAACUGGAAAAUGAAAUGCGUGCUGCAAGGAGGAAACUUAUGGAUGAAAUGAUGAGAGCUUUGGAAGAGCAAGAAGAGAUGCUAAGGAAGACGGAAGUGAUGAGAAAGGAGGAAGAGUGGAGGAAGAAUGAUGAGCUUUACAAGUUACAGGAACUCAGGAAAGCGGAGGAAAUGAGAAGACAAGAGGAACACCGAAAAUUGGAAGAAUUGGCCAAACAAGAGGAGAUGAAACGUAGACAAAUCGACUGGGAGAUCGCUCAAAGGGAGAAGGAGAUAAGAGAAGGUAGAAUGUCAGUGGGACCCUUAGCUCCACCGCCUCCCCACGGACCGGGAGGCCCUCCUGGUCCUCCUCCUCCCCAGCAUGUUCAACCCGGACCAGGUUUCCCUGAUGGUGACGGCCCCCCAAUGAUGCAAAAUGGUCCUCCUAACCAUCCUCCACCAAACAUGCCUCCUGGUGGAAUGCACCACGGACACGGAGGAAUGCCGCCCCACGGAAUGUCGCCACACGGACCUGGUGGGCCUCCUCACCACGGUGGACCAGGUGUAGGUCCUCACGGCGGCCCUGGAUUACCUCCUCCUCACAUGCACCCCCACGGCAUGCACGGUCCCGGAGGGAUGCCUCCACAUGGGAUGCCGCCUCCUGGGCCAGGGGGGAUGCCGCCACACCCCGGUAUGCCACCACACCCAGGGAUGAGACAUCCUGGAGACAUGGACCGCCGCGAACAGUUUGGGCCCAUAAGGCCAGGCGGCGACGUGAGAAGAGGUCCUCCCAAAUUCAUGGACCGCGAUAAUGACAAACGUAGACGACAUUAGAACCACGUGAUUUAUCAUCGGUCACGUGACCUAUCAUGUGACAUAUCAACUGUCCUUGUUUUUAUUUUAUUGCUGGAGUGUAUAGUGCCAACCAUCGCA